GGCGAGCGCGAGCGCGACGGGGGCAGGCGUGGCCGAGCUGUCCGGUGCGCGGUGCGUGGGUCCGGCUUUCGGUGACUAGACGGUCUGCGGGGACGCCCCGUCCCCGGGGCCUGCGCAGCCCCUCCCCCGCCGCAGCCCUCUCUCCCGGUGCUGGGGCUCGAGCUCGCGACCUGCGCGGACGCCUCCCCCUCAGGAUCUACAAUGUCCACUGAGGCACAGAGAGUUGAUGACAGUCCCAGCACUAGUGGAGGGAGUUCCGAUGGAGACCAACGUGAAAGUGCCCAGCCAGAACCGGAAAGAGAGCAAGUACAGCCCAAGAAAAAGGAGGGAAAAAUAUCCAGCAAAACAGCUGCUAAAUUGUCAACUAGUGCUAAAAGAAUUCAGAAGGAACUUGCAGAAAUUACCUUGGACCCACCUCCCAACUGUAGUGCUGGACCCAAAGGAGACAACAUUUAUGAAUGGAGGUCAACUAUAUUGGGACCCCCGGGAUCUGUCUAUGAAGGAGGGGUGUUCUUUCUUGACAUUACCUUUUCACCAGACUAUCCGUUUAAACCCCCUAAGGUCACCUUCAGAACAAGAAUCUAUCACUGUAAUAUUAACAGCCAGGGCGUGAUCUGUCUGGACAUCCUAAAGGACAACUGGAGUCCAGCCCUAACCAUUUCUAAAGUUCUCCUGUCCAUCUGCUCACUUCUUACAGACUGCAACCCUGCUGACCCUCUGGUGGGCAGCAUCGCCACACAGUACAUGACCAACAGAGCGGAGCACGACCGGAUGGCCAGACAGUGGACCAAGCGGUAUGCCACAUAGGGCCUGCCACCUGCCCGUGCCGGACCUGUGCAAGCACAUUCACCAAGUGCAUCAAUAGCCCUACCCGCUCCUCUGGACCUCAGUUCUUAUUUUCUUAUUUUUAUUAAAUUUUGAACCUUUUUCUGAUGGUAUGUUACCCAUCCCCCGCUCCCUUCUCCCUCCUCCUCUUUUUCCUUCUCUCUCCCUCCUCUUCUCGUUUUAUUCCCUUUUUGAUUUCUGUUAACUUGAAAGAUUUGGGUUGUUUUUUUUCCCCCACUUCAACAUGGACGGGAACUUCUGUUUUCAGUGCAAACAGUGUUGGAUCUGUAAUGGUAAGAGCUUCCUUACAAAGCUUUGUAUACUGUGUGGUUUUGGUUUUUUGUUGUUGUUUGUUUUAUUUUGAUUUUUUUUCUUUUUAUGUGAUCUUUGGGAAAACACAAAUUCAGAAUUAUAUCUCAUUUCUACUUAAAUGUAGUGCUUAGGAUUAAUUUUUUGUACUGAAGUCUUUAUUGGUGGGUGCAUGCUACUGGGAACAAGUUUUUGUACAAAAGCUUCAAUCAAAAUCACUGUGCAUUACGGAGACUCUGUUUAUCACUAAGCCUUCUGUCCCCCAUGCAGAAGACUGUUGGAUUGAACAAAAUAAUAUGUAUUUUGAUUUACUUAAAGUGCUUGUAAAUUUCUUAGGGACCUGCCACUUUUGACUGUGGAUCAGUUGAUGUACACUUGUAUUAUUAAAGCACUCAAUAAAUCACUGUGGCUGAUAAAUGCG